GCGGCAGCUCCUCCCCGAGCCGCUGUCACGGUGCCGUCAGCGGGAGGAAGGAUGCGGCGAACCGCUCCGGGCGCGGCAAGGGGAGAGCAGAGCGGCGUCCCCCUCCUGCCAGGGAGACCUUAGCACGGCCAUGUGGGGGGCGGCGGAGAGCCGGGCAGGGCCAAGGAGGGGGCCGGAGGCGGCGGCGAUGGGCGAUCGCGUGUGGGGUGCGGUGUUGCGGGUGGUGGCGGUGCAGGCGGCGUGGGCGCUGUGCUCGGGGCAGGUGCGGUACUCGGUGCCGGAGGAAGCCAAGGCCGGGACGGUGGUGGGCCGUGUGGCGCAGGACGUGGGUCUGGAGGCGGGCGAGGCGGAGGCGCGGCGGCUGCGGCUGGUGUCUGCGGGCCGGCGGGCGAGCGUGGAGGUGAGCGGGGCGAGCGGGGCGCUGGUGGUGAGCUCGCGGCUGGACCGGGAGGAGCUGUGCGGCAAGAGCGCGCCGUGCGCGCUGCGGCUGGAGGUGCUGGUGGAGCGGCCGCUGCGCGUCUUCCACGUGGAGCUGGAGGUCACCGACAUCAACGACAAUGCCCCCAGCUUCCGUGUGAACGAAGAAGCUCUUAACAUCCCGGAAUCGUCCCUAGUGGGUUCUCGUUUUCCGCUGGAGGGCGCGUCUGAUGCGGAUAUCGGAGCGAACGCUCAACUCUCCUACACACUGAGCCCCAGCGAACACUUUAGACUUGAGCAGCGGGGUAAUAAUGACGAGGGUGCGUCUUUGGGUCUUAUUGUAACGAAACCGCUGGACCGGGAGACGAUGCCGGUGCACCGGUUGUUGCUGACGGCGAGUGACGGGGGCCGGCCGUCUUUGACAGGGACGAUGGAAGUGGUGAUCUCGGUGCUGGAUGUGAAUGACAACGCGCCGAAGUUCAACCAGUCAGUCUAUAAAGUUAAAGUCUUGGAGGGUUCAGAGCUCGGGACUCUGUUAAUCACACUUAGUGCCACUGAUCCAGACGAAGGGAUCAAUAGUGAUAUUAUAUACUUAUUUGGUAGACAUGUCACUACAGAAGUUAAAGAAAUGUUUACUAUUGAUGAAAACAAAGGAGAAAUAAGACUUCAAGGCAAAUUAGACUAUGAAGAAAUGAAUAGUUACGAGAUUCCCGUAGAAGCAAGAGACAAAGGUUCCCCGCCAUGGUCAGGUCACUGCAAGGUGUUGCUGGAGGUGCUGGACGUGAACGACAACGCGCCGGAGGUGCGGGUGACGUCGCUGUCGGUGCCGGUGGCCGAGGACGCGUCUCUGGGGACGGUGGUGGCCCUGCUGAGCGUGUGGGACCGGGACUCGGGGUCGAACGGUGACGUGCGGUGCUGGGUGUGGCCGUCGGGUCCGUUCGUUCUGGAGGCGACGUUGUCGGGGUCGUACUCGCUGGUGCUGCGGGAGGCGCUGGACCGGGAGCGGGUGUCGGAGUACGAGGUGGAGGUGCGUGCGGAGGACGGCGGUUCUCCGUCGCUGGGCGGCCGCGUGGGGCUGCGUGUGCCGGUGUCGGACGUGAACGACAACGCGCCGUCGUUCGCGCAGGCGGUGUACACGGUGCUGGCGCGGGAGAACAACUUGGCGGGCGCGGAGCUGGCGCGGCUGUGGGCGCGGGACCCGGACGAGGCGGGCAACGGGCGCGUGAGCUACUCGUUGUGGGAGGGCGCGUUGGGCGGGGGGUCGGGGUGGUGGGGGUCGGGGUGGGCGGGGGGUGUGUCGGCGUCGAGCUACGUGUCGGUGGAGGCGGAGAGCGGUGUGUUGCGGGCGCUGCAGCCGCUGGACUACGAGGAGGUGCAGGUGCUGCAGUUCGAGGUGCGUGCGGUGGACGCGGGGGAGCCGGCGCUGUGCGGCAACGCGACGGUGCAGCUGUUCGUGCUGGACGAGAACGACAACGCGCCGGCGCUGCUGCCGGCGGCGGGCGGCGGGGCGGAGGCCGGGUCCGGGUCGGGGGAGGCGGGGACGCUGUGGGCGUGGGCGGCGUGGGGUUCUCCGUCGGGUCAGGUGGUGGCGAAGAUCCGGGCGGUGGACGCGGACUCGGGCUACAACGCGUGGCUGCGCUACGAGCUGUGGGAGCCGCGGGGCAAGAGCGCCUUGUUCCGCGUGGGGCUGUACAGCGGCGAGGUGAGCACGGCGCGGGCGCUGGAGGAGGCGGACGGUCCGCGGCAGAGGCUGGUGAUCGUGGUGCGGGACCACGGCGAGCCGGCGCGCUCGGCCACGGCGACGCUGAGCGUGUCGCUGGUGGAGGGCGGCGAGGCGGCGCUGGCGGCGGCGGCGGGCUCGUCGUCGCUGCUGCCGCGCUCGUUGGCGGGCGGCGAGAGCGGCUCUGGGCCGGCGGCGUUGGCGUCGUCGGCGACGAACGUGUGGCUGGUGGUGGCGAUCUGCGGCGUGUCGAGCGUGUUCCUGCUGGCCGUGGUGCUGUACGGGGCGUCGCGCUGGGCGCCGCGGGCGGCCGUGCUGUCGGGGCCCGGGCCCACGACGCUGGUGUGCGCCAGCGAAGUGGGCAGCUGGUCGUACUCGCAGCGCCACAGCCGGAGCCUGUGCGUGGCGGACGGCGCGGCCAAGAGCGACCUGAUGGUUUUCAGCCCCAACUUCCCGCCGCCGCCCGGCGCCGCUUCAGAAAACGGUUCUGCUGGGACGGGACCAUCUCUUUCUCCUCUUACUUCGAUCAUGCCAAAACACCCCAACCCGGACUGGCGCUAUUCUGCAUCUCUGAGGGCAGGAAUGCAAAGUGCUGUCCAUAUGGAAGAGGCAGCAGUCCUGCGUGGAGGACCAGGAGGGCCUGAUCAGCAGUGGCCAACAGUCUCCAGUGCUACAGCAGAACCUGAGGCGGGAGAGGUGUCCCCCCCAGUGGGAGCUGGUGUGAACAGCAACAGCUGGACCUUUAAAUUUGGACCGGGCAAUUCCAAACAAGGUGGUCCUGGUGAGUUGCCAGACAAAUUCAUUAUCCCGGGAUCUCCUGCAAUCAUCUCCAUCCGGCAGGAGCCACCAAACAGCCAAAUUGACAAAAGUGACUUCAUAACCUUUGGCAAGAAGGAAGAGACCAAGAAAAAGAAGAAAAAGAAGAAGGGAAACAAGACUCAGGAGAAAAAAGAAAAGGGCAACAGCACCACUGAGAACAGUGACCAGUGAGGGGGUUAUACUGAAAGAACCCACUUAGCCAGUUUUUGUAAUAAUGGCAGAUUUCUCCUAUGUAGCAACUCCCAACUUCUUCCUACUGUUAAAAAAUUUCCUGUGUGUACAGACUUGAGAAAAUCAGCAGGAAAUUCAGUGUCUGUCUAAAUUGCUUAACAGGUUUUGUCUUAAAAGCUUUAUUAAGUCUGGUGUUAACUCUUUUUCUCCACUCUGGCUUGUUUUCAGAAUCUAAAAAGCAGACACAAGUUUCCUUUCUCCUACGCCGAAAAGGAGAAUCUUCACAGUACAGCCAGUGAGAGGUUGGACUCUGCACUGUGGUUCCUGUGCUCCUGUCUUGAUGACACUUACAGGACAGGUUUAAAAGUUUUAAUGUUGUGCACCCUCUAUCUGAUUGGAAAUAUUUGUGUGCAGAUGUCAGUUAGGUGAUACGAGAUCAGAUUAUAAAACGCAAGAAGAGCUGGUAAAUAUGCAACAGAGGAAACACCAAAUGAACACAAAUGUUCAAAGAUGUUCAGGCUGGGGAGAAAACACCUGAAAGGAGAUGAGCAGACUUGUCAGAUCUUGAGAAGUCACUGUGUGGAAAUACUGAGUCCUAUACAUGACGUAUUGUACACACUGCUUUAAAUGAAACCUCACAUUUACAGCUCUUUAAGAUACCAUAAAUUAUAUCUAUUUACCAAGCAAGCCAUUGGGAAAAUUGUCCCUUAAAGCCCUGCAUUACCCUGGCAAGACCAGCCCUCAGAGUGUAAGAAGGGCUGGGCGACAUCCCAGGAAUGUAACUGUGAUGCUCUGUGUCCCUAUUUCCACUCUAACAUUAUUUUGCACAUUAUGUCUCUGAAAAAGUCAGAGUUUUUCCACGACACUUAUGCAAAAGAGAGAAAAAAGAAACGUUAACUAUGCUAUUUGUUAUUUGAGAUAUUUAUUUAUAAAGAAAUAUAGCUGUAAAUGUCAAAGAAAUAUGAUGCCCUUUAACCCAAACAGAAGUCAAUCUAGAGCCAUUAUAAAUUACAAUUGCUGCUAUUAAAGUGCUUUAGAAAAAUUGCCUGAAACAUCUGUAUUAUAUCGGCCACUUGCCAAUAACAGCUUUAUUCUGUCGGGUGACUUGAGGGCUGCCUCUUGCAUGUAUUAAUAAAUACAAGAAUAUCUUCUCUUUUUUUUUUUUUCCUUAAUCUGCACUUUGAAUACACCUUUGCAAACAAACUGUCCUAAUAUGAAGAAGCAGAAGCAAACUCCUCACACAAAUGGAUUUAUUAACCUGCUAGCUCUGUGCAGUACCUUGGUGUUACCUCCCACACAACCUUUUCUGAUUUUAGUUUAACUUUUCUAUGAGAUUAUGAACUCCUGACCCUACUAACACUCCCUAUGUAAAAUUCAAGUACUGUAUGUAUGCUGUAUGCUCUUAUAAGAAUCCUGAAAUAUUUAUUCUGUGCUUGUGUAUGUGAAUGUCAAUGCAACUAUUAUUAGAGUGGACUUUAAGCUUUACCGUUGAAUGUAAAUUCAUUAUUUCUUUUUUGUACACUUGUGAAAAAGUGCAGUAGUGUUAAUUUUUUUUAAGCCACUGUUGAUUAUCAGUUCUUUUGUGUAUGAAACACAAGUAAAAUAUCUUUCUUAAACCAAGCCAUGCAUGCAUUUUGGGAUUUAUUGGUAAGAAUCUGUGAAGCUGAAGUUCUGUGAAUUAAACCUGAGGGUAUAAAUGGAGUGUUGAAUGUGGCUGAGGAUGUUGAUAUAAAACCAAUACAUGUAUUUUUAAAUAGAAUAUGGCUGAUGAGGGAAUUCCAAGGAGUUUUCUACGUUAUUGUACAUUCACAGAAUAAAGCUCAAGUGUCGUGUUAAUUGGAACUGUGUAAGAAACUACAUAGCUCUGAAAUUUCCAACAGGCCCUUUAAUCUAGGAUCAAAGAGAACAACUGGAUUUCUUGAGACAUGUCCUGGAUGUUUUAAGUUUCCAAACUGCUGACAGUUCAGAAUAGAACAAUUCCUAUUCAUUUUUAAGAACCUGCAGCAAGUCUUAAAACAUCACAGAAAAGCUCUAAUAAAAGAAUUCAUAUCUCAAAGCAUGAACCACCAAUGGCCUCAUGUGGUCUAUUUAGAGUUUUCUUUUGCUACCAGUCUUGUUUUACUGACAAUAAAAAGGUGCUACUUGUGAAA